UCCAACAAAUAGCCAAGUUUUGAUUCGUGCACAGCAUUUCCGGAUCCGGAGAAAGCAAAAGGAGAAGUUUAGUCGAAGUGGGUAGAGGAUUGGACUGGAAAUGUCCUCCUCCGUCCUGGAAUUACAAAGCGGUGGACUCAUGAAUACCAAUGCAAUGGGAAUAUUUCCUGCAAAUUUUGGGGCCGGAUUUGGCGUAGACUCUGGAGAGAAGGACAGACCGGUCAUGAUCCUUCGACAACCGAGAGACUUAUACAGCACAACAUCCCUUCAACACCCACCCAAGUGGCCAGUGGAAUGUCAAGUAGUUCCAGAAAAAGUGAGACACAUUGAGACUGUUCCUGCCAAACUAGAACCAUUCUACGUCCCAACCAAUUCGGAGCCGCAGCCGAAACCUGUGGGAGAAGAGAUGGGCACUAUUGUCUAUGAUUAUCAACCUAAGCUAUCCGUCGAUUAUUUUUGUCGCUCGUGUGUCGGAGGCUCUGAAAUCCUUGAAGCUUUCGAGUCCUCUGAGCCAAACGCAUUACGGUUCGAAUCCCGUUUCGAGAGUGGAAAUUUAUCUAAAGCCAUAAAAGUUACGAAUGUGUAUUAUGAGUUGCAUUUGCGACAAGACCUUUACACUGACCGACAUUCCCAAUGGUUCUACUUUAGAAUUCAGAAUACCAAGGAUAACGUCAUGUAUCGCUUCUCCAUCGUAAACUUCAAUAAACCGGAUAGCCUUUACAAAUACGGACUCAAGAUUCUAAUGUACUCAGAAAAAGAGGCACAACUCAAUAAAACUGGGUGGGUUCGAGCUGGUCAAAAUAUUUCAUAUUUCAAAAAUGACAUUCCGACAGAAGAUAACGUAACGUUGUACACGUUAACAUUUAACUUGAAAUUCAAGCAUAGCAAUGAUACGAUUUACUUGGCGCAUUGUUAUCCAUACACAUACACCAGGUUGCAAACAUACUUACGAACUUUGGAGGACGACGCAUUUAGAUCCAACCUCCUCACGGUACGCCUACUUUGUCGGUCGUUGGCCGGGAACAAUGUGUACGUGGUGACAAUAACUUCACCCGAUAAUUACAACGACGAAAACCAGAGAAAACCUGCGAUUGUGAUUUCGGCCCGAGUCCACCCGGGUGAGACGCAGUCGUCCUACAUGAUGAAGGGGAUCAUUGACUUUCUUACGAGUAAUUGUCCCCAAGCAAAGGAACUUCGGGACAGAUUUAUAUUCAAGUUGAUUCCAAUGUUGAAUCCGGAUGGAGUAAUUGUGGGUAAUUCACGCUGCUGUUUAUUAGGUCAAGAUCUUAACCGGCAAUAUAGAACAGUUCUGAGAGAAGCAUUUCCACAAAUCUAUCAAACCAAAGUGCUUCUUCGUAGACUGGCUGAGACGAAUGGAAUAUUUCUUUAUUGCGAUAUACAUGGACAUUCGAGGAGGAAUAAUGUUUUUAUAUAUGGCUGUGAGAAUCGCAAAUUUCCAGAAAAGAAACUCAUUGAACAAGUUUUCCCACUAAUGAUGCAUAAGAAUUCGGCAGAUAAGUUUUCUUUCCAAAAUUGUAAAUUUCGAGUUCAGAAGAAUAAGGAAGGAACUGGACGAGUCUUUGCAUGGACGCUAGGUGUUACUAAUAGUUUUACUCUGGAAAUCUCAUUGGGUGGUUCAACUAUGCCAUCUCGACCUUAUACGCAUUUUAACACUGCCGAUUAUGAAGCCGUGGGUAGACAUUUCUGUGAAACUUUGAUUGAUUUCUCGGAUCCUUCAGUGGAGAAGGAGAGGUUGCGUGAUAAAAUUCUGCAAAAACUGAAUGAUGAAGGUUCCAAUGCGGACGAACCUGUCAAUGUUACCGUAACUGAUUAUUCUAGUCUGUCUCACAGCGAUUCCGACGAAUCUGGAGACGAAUCUUUAAAAAAAUCUAGUGAACAUGACGGCACUAUUCAACCUGUCAACCCCUUAAAACGUCAAGCGUCCCUUCGAAUCUCGAAAAAACGGCCUAAACCAACCACAAUCUCAUCUUUAGUUUCAACCACGACAGCCACAACAACUCAUGUGGAACAACGUGCCUUUCUCAAUUUGAACAAAGCUUCAGUCAAUGCCAUACGAUUUGGGGGGACAACAAUAAGUAGCAAUAGUAGUCGUACUGCCGUAAUAGAAGAAUCGCACACCGAAGACUUUGUUACCCAGAAGGAACUUGCUGUGUUCAAACGAUUGACCAAAUUCCGGAGAAAGCAAGUAAGACGGGAUGAUGUUACUAAUGCGACAGUUACCACCAUGAUGGACAGACAGAGCACCAACAGCUUUGUGUUCUCUGCUGGACCAAAAUGUACUAGCAUUCUAUUUGACGACCCAUUCAACCCCCCAGGGACCUUUUUACGACCACAGUACAGAACACGACCGGGGAAUGAAGAGGUGGAAUUUGAAAAUAAUUUUAAUGACGAUGACAACUGCUCUGGUUCUGGUACAGAAGAUGAAUGCGACGAAAAAGAUGGAGCAAUGAAAAAUAAACAAUUUGCACAAAAACUUCCAACCUCGCCCGGAGAUGAUAGCAAGAGUAUGAGUGACAGCUGCAUUAUCGAAUCUUUUAACCAAAUGAGAGUUUCGGACAGAAGAAUGCCAUCAUCUUACUUGUCCCCAUUUGUGCCGAGAUUGCCACAAGGGAAACCGUACAAGGGAAUGUUACUUCCUAAGAAAAAGUCCUUGGAGGAAGAAUCCCUCUACCAGAAGGAAAGAAGUGAACCCUCGGGGACAACUGGACACCGAAGGAGGGCAAGUCUAGGUCUGGCAACGGUAGAAAAAUCAACCAACGUCGGAACUGCUUUCACCAGGAACUUUCAAACAAUUAAACCAUUUCGAACUUCGGUUACACAUCAACCAAAGUCAAAGGUGGGUUCCACUUCAUCUACAAAAGAUGUGACAAAGGAAUCAGAUAAGACAAGUCAAACCACAGUUCUGCAGAGACGGACAAGGUUUAAACUAUCCAAACUGAAAAAAUCGCAUUAACGGAAUCAAACGCAAGUUCCUCACAGCUAAAAAGUUGUGGGGUUGACGGUUUCAGUAGUCAUCUUUAUAAUUGCAAUAAUUAUAUUAACAUGCCAGUUUACAUGCAGCAAACAAACAUGCAUGUAUAGAAUUUGAGUAUUGUGUUUUCAUCUUGUUACAGUUUUUCAUAAAAUAAAUGAUACAAAAUUAUCACAACUAUUCGAA